AUGUCUCAAUCCGAGCUGUCCCAUUCCGAGCUGGAGUUUACGUCUCCUUUCGAGGCUGUCACCCGCAAUCCUCUAACGCUCAUCGGGCUUCGCAUGCGAUGGUUCUCAGGGAAGAUACGCGCCAAGCCCAACUGGUGGAAGAAAGUCUACGACUACGAGAUCGUAACAAGGUGGCGCAAGGAGAUCAUCGAGCACGACGCGGUCAUGGUCGCACGAUUCUGGGGCGGUGACGAGUAUUGGAAGACGGGCCGUGGUGAAAAACAGUGGCCGCGGGACAAGAUCACCGACGUCCAGCUCAACUACCUCCUCGACGAACUGCGGUACGACGCGAGCCAGUACGACGACCAAACUGGUAUCCUUGCGACGGCGAUCCAUAAGGUGCACGAGUCGCGAUGUCUGAUACCCGCCGAUGUCAAGGCAUCCCUCGUGCAAGGCGUCUCUGUGCUCGAGGAUAUCCCAGACGAGGAGAAGGACUGGCAUCCGGGGUCAAAGAAGCAAGUACUGGACCUCGUCCAUCCAUCAAUGUACUGCCUGUGUAUCGGUCGGUCGCAUGUCUACCGUCGCGACCGGGGCCAGGGCGCGCCCACAGUACAGCUCGCGUUAGAGGACUACCUCAGCCACCGCCUAGAUUUUCAGAGGUUCUUUUACAACUCUAAGAAGCCGUUCUGCAUCUCGCAUGACUACCAAUGGCUCCCGACGGAUUUUGAAGUCUCCGAAUCGGGUGAGGUCGAGCCCCUCGCCCCGCAUGAUUGGUACGACCACGUCACGGUACCCGAACCAGACUAUGACGACUACCCAGCUAACCGACAUGCUUACCACAAUGCCUACGCUGAGUGGGAGUGGAAGUACCGAUGGCCCUCCAUUCCUGAACCCGAACUUUCCGUCCCUCCCACUACUACCAGUGCGGACGAGGAGAACAAAAUCAAGAUCUCGCUCCACGGGCGUACGCUCCAAGUGAUCGUCAAGCUCGCGAACAUCGUUCUCACCCCAGAUAAUCCGAAGUACGCCGGCGGCUCGUGGCACGUCGAGGGAAUGGCGAACGAGAACAUCGUCGCUACGGGCCUCUACUACUACGCGUGCGAGAACAUUACUGAGUCACGCCUCGAUUUCCGGACGGCGGUUGGCAGACACUGGUUCGUCCCCACUGGUAUUUAUUGUUGCUUCCUACGGAGAUGACGGGAUAAUGCGUAUCUACGGCAAAAAGGCCGACGCAAGACGACG